AUGGAUGCUAUUUUAGAUUUUUCAAAAGAUUUAGAUAUUAACCUGUUGGAUCAAACCGUGGAUACUUUCUAUAAAGGAUCUGGUGAGCAACAAAAACAGGCCCAAGAAAUUUUAACAAAAUUUCAAAAUAAUCCAGAUGCUUGGCAACGUGCAGAUAAAAUUUUGCAGUAUUCUUCAAAUCCAUUGACCAAAUUCAUUGCAUUAAGCAUUUUGGAUAAAUUGAUCACCACCAAGUGGAAACUGUUACCACAAGAGCAUCGCAUUGGCAUUAGAAAUUUCAUUGUUGGCAUGAUUAUUAGCUUAUGUCAAGAUGAAAAUGUUUUCAAAAACUCCAAAAAUUUAAUUAACAAAUCCGAUUUGACUUUGGUCCAAAUUUUAAAACAGGAAUGGCCUCAAAAUUGGCCAGAAUUUAUCCCUGAAAUAGUUUCUUCCUCCCAAGCUUCUUUAAGUGUUUGUGAGAAUAAUAUGAUUAUUUUAAAAUUGUUGAGUGAAGAAAUUUUUGAUUAUUCCGCUGAACAAAUGACCCAAGCGAAAACUUUGAAAUUGAAACAAUCCAUGUCUAAAGAAUUUGAACAGAUUUUCAAAUUGUGUUUCCAAGUUUUAGAAUCCAGUCAAUCUACUUCUUUACUAGUUGCUGCAUUGGAAUCUAUGUUAAGAUAUUUACAUUGGAUUCCAUACCCUUAUAUUUUUGAGACUAAUUUGUUGGAAUUAUUGAGUAAUAGAUUUCUAAGUGACCCAAGCACAAGAGCUAUAACAUUAAAAUGUUUGACUGAAGUCGCUGCACUACCAGUUGCUACUGGUGAUUCUAUUGACAGUAGUAACAAUUCUACCAACAAUACAAUUUCCAUAAAGACAAUAAAUUAUUUCCAAGUCACCAUUCAACAGAUUUCCUCUAAUGUGUUCCCAGUUAAUGCGAAUUUAAAAGAUAUCUAUGUCAAUGCUGGUAGCAAUGAUCAAUCUUUUUUGCAAGAUUUUGCUAUGUUUUUAACAACUUAUUUGCAACGUCACCGUAAACUAUUGGAAACGCAGUCAUCUUUUAAAGAAUUAUUAUUGACUUCACAUGCUUAUUUGCUUCAAUUAUCUAGAAUUGGUGAGCGUGAACUUUUUAAGACUUGUUUAGACUACUGGCACUCUUUUGUUUACGAUUUAUUCCAAGAAAUUCAAAACUUACCAUUAAAUGAAAUGAAUCCGCUAUUACAAUUAUCUAUGGGCAGCAAUGCAAUUACAGCUGCUCAUGGUGCACCAAACCCAGAAUUUUUAAAAUCAUUCCCCUUGAAAAAACACAUGUAUGAUGAAAUUUGUUCAGAGUUAAGAUUAGUUAUUAUUGAAAACAUGGCUAGACCAGAAGAGGUUUUGAUUGUAGAGAACGAUGAGGGGGAAAUUGUUCGUGAAUUUGUCAAAGAGUCUGACACUAUUCAAUUGUAUAAAUCAGAAAGAGAGGUUUUAGUUUAUCUAACUCAUCUAGAUGUUGUUGAUACUGAAAACAUAAUGAUCAAUAAGUUAUCCAGGCAGUUGGAUGGAUCCGAAUGGUCAUGGCACAAUAUCAAUACUUUGUGUUGGGCCAUCGGGUCUAUCAGUGGUACAAUGAAUGAAGACACCGAAAAAACCUUUUUAGUUGCUGUUAUUAAAGACUUGUUGUCAUUAACCGAACGCACUAGUGGUAAAGACAAUAAAGCUGUUGUAGCUUCCAACAUCAUGUAUGUUGUCGGUCAAUACCCGAGGUUUUUGAAAGCCCAUUGGAGGUUUUUAAGAACUGUUGUUUUAAAAUUGUUUGAGUUUAUGCACGAAACCCACGAAGGUGUCCAAGAUAUGGCCUGCGAUACUUUUUUGAAGAUUGUGGAAAAAUGUAAGCACCAUUUUGUGAUCCAACAACAAGAUGAAAAGGAACCAUUUAUUAAUACUAUCAUCAACGACAUUCAACAAACCACUCAAGACCUAGAGCCACAACAAGUGCAUUCAUUUUAUAGAGCUUGUGGUAUUAUUGUUUCCGAUGAAAACAACAAAACUUUGAGAGAACAACUACUAUCUCAAUUGAUGAGUCUACCUAACAUGGCUUGGGAUACUAUUGUCCAACAGAGCAUGGCCAAUCCUGAACUAUUAGCCGAUUCAGAAACAGUUAAGAUUAUUGCUAACAUCAUUAAAACCAACGUUGCUGUUUGUUUAUCGAUGGGUGCGUCAUUCUAUAGCCAAUUGGGCCAUAUUUAUUACAAUAUGUUACAACUCUAUCGUGCUGUGUCUUCGAUGAUUAGUAGCAGUGUAGCUACGGAGGGGAUAAUUGCUACCAAAACACCUAAAGUCCGUGGGUUGAGAACUAUUAAAAAGGAAGUUUUAAAAUUGGUGGAGAUUUACAUUAGCAAAGCCAAUAACAACUUGGAAGAUGUUGUUAAUGUUUUAGUCCAGCCAUUGCUAAAUGCGGUUUUAGAAGAUUACAUGAAUAAUGUACCAGAUGCCCGUGAUGCUGAAGUAUUAAAUUGUAUGACUACCGUUGUUGCCAAAGUUGGGCAUUUAAUCCCCGAUGGAGUUAUAUUAAUUUUACAAAGUGUUUUUGAAUGCACAUUGAAUAUGAUUAAUAAAGAUUUUACAGAAUAUCCAGAGCAUCGUGUUGAAUUUUACAAAUUAUUGAAGGAAAUUAACAAAAGAUCGUUUAACGCAUUGUUGCAAUUGCCACCUGCUGCAUUUAAAUUAUUUGUUGAUGCUAUUUGCUGGGCAUUUAAACAUAACAAUAGGGAUGUCGAAGUGAAUGGUUUACAGAUAGCCUUGGAUUUAAUUGUCAAUAUUGAGAGAUUGCAAAACAGUGAUUUUGCUAAUGAUUUUUACCAGAAAUACUAUUUUGUUUUCAUUAGUGAAACUUUUUAUGUGUUAACAGAUUCUGAUCAUAAAUCAGGUUUUAGUAAACAAGCCACUAUGUUGAUGAGAUUGAUUGCAUUGAUCAAGGAAAAUAAGAUUACAAUUCCAUUAUAUGGAGAUAAUAGUAGUUCCAAUAGCAUAUAUUUAUGUAAUUAUAUGGCACAAAUGUUAGGGAACGCAUUCCCACACUUGAGUAAAGAUCAGGUGGUUAGCUUUAUAUCUGAAUUGGUUAAGCAGUAUAAUGACUCAGCUAGGUUUACUGGGUUGUUAAGAGAUUUCUUGGUUCAAAUUAAGGAAUAUGGUGGCGAUCCAACAGAUUAUUUAUAUGCAGAAGAUAAGGCUGAAGCUUUGGCUGAACAACAAAGAAUCGAGAAAGAAGCUGCUUCUAAAGUCGGUGGGUUAUUAAAACCAAGUGAAAUGGAGUAG